CCCCACCCCGCGCGCCCCCGGCACCCCGGCCCACCUCCCUCCCGCACGCCCUCCCCCGGGCCUCGGCACGAGAGGACACGUCAGGGGACAUAAAUAAAUAAAUAAUUCCAUUCAGCGGGUGACAGCGAGGCGAAGCGGCUGCAGCUGGGCGGGGGGGACCCGGAGAGCUGCGCUGCGCUGCGCACCGGGUGUCUGAGCCAGUGUCUUCCAGACAUGAUAUCAAGUUACAUGAUGGGAGAAAUAGCGUGGAAAAAAUGUAUCUAUUUCAGCUACAGAGAAGGAAAAUCAGAAGAUUAAAUGCAGCAAUCCAAACUGCCAGAGAGGUCACCUUCUUUGACCCUCGAUAUAAUUUAAGCCAAGUUUACUUUACACUGUGAGAAUUAUGAACUAACCGUGCAUGUCCAAGCAAGUUCUUCAGGAAGAAAGAGGGAACUACCUUUCCCCUAUUUGAGAAGAGAGAAGGAAAGGAGAGCGGAGACUCAGCCUCUGGAGAGCUGUGUGCAAGCUUGCUCCUGGCGAAAAGUUAAUGAUCAAUCAGUCCCUGUGUUCUCAGCUCUGAGUCCCCAACAAGUGGCUGAUGUGGCUCUUUUCUCUCUCUCUCCAGGUAAUCUGGAGUCUACACUACCUCUGCUAGCAUAUUGUCUUCAAAUAUUGCACGUCAACUUAAAGUGACGAGGCUUAAAUAUUCUGCACACCACCCAAAGAAGUCUGCUAAAGUGGUCAUCUGACGACAGGUUACCUUAGUCUCCAGCAGAAGUGCAGAAAUGCCAGCACCGACUGCUGUGCCACCUCCACAUCCCCUUCCUCCUGAUGGAGGUUGGGGUUGGGUGGUAGUUGGGGCAUCCUUUAUCUCCAUUGGAUUUUCAUAUGCCUUCCCCAAAUCUGUCACAGUAUUCUUCAAAGAUAUUCAGGAAAUAUUUCGUGCUGGACACAGUAAAGUCGCAUGGAUAUCAUCCAUCAUGCUGGCUGUCAUGUAUGCAGGAGGUCCCAUCAGUAGUGUCUUGGUGAAUAAGUACGGCAGCCGGCCAGUGGUGGUGAUUGGAGGGUUGUUAUGCUGUACGGGAAUGAUCUUGGCUUCCUUCAGCACCAGCAUGAUCCAACUUUACCUCACGAUUGGCUUCAUUAGCGGUUUAGGAUUAGCAUUCAACCUGCAACCAGCCUUAACAAUACUCGGAAAAUACUUCUAUAGGAGACGACCCUUGGCAAGUGGCCUUGCCAUGACUGGAAGUCCUGUUUUCUUAAGCUCAUUGGCUCCCUUCAAUCAGUACCUAUUUAACAGUUAUGGCUUGAAGGGAAGCUUCUUAAUUUUGGGUGGCAUAUUUUUGCACUCCUGUGUGGCUGGGUCCCUCAUGAGACCAGUUGGGACCAGUCAACAAAGUCCGAAGUCUAAAAGUAAGGUUAGUUCAAGACAUGAUUCCAGUACGAAGAAAGCCCCUAAGUUAACAUUAGCACAAAGGAUUAAUAUGUUUUUGGAUUUCAGCCUUUUUAAACAUAGAGGGUUUUUGAUCUACCUAUCUGGAAAUGUCAUUAUGUUUCUUGGAUUUUUUGCCCCUGUUAUAUUCUUGUCUCCAUAUGCUAAAAACAGAGGAGUGGAUGACUAUAAAGCAGCUUACUUGCUGUCUGUGAUGGCUUUUGUGGAUAUGUUCUCUCGGCCUUGUGGAGGAUUAAUAGCCAACACCAGGUUAGUCCGUCCAAGAAUCCAGUACUUCUUCAGCUUAGCCAUCGUGUUCACUGGCGUAUGCCAUCUCCUGUGCCCACUGGCAGAGAGCUACACGGCUUUGGUGGUCUACGCCAUAUUUUUUGGCUAUGGAUUUGGAAGCGUUAGCAGUAUCCUCUUUGAAACUCUCAUGGACCUUGUUGGACCUGCCAGGUUUUCCAGUGCUGUGGGACUUGUCACGAUAGUGGAGUGCUGCCCAGUUCUUCUCGGCCCUCCUCUUGCUGGUAAAUUGGUCGACGAAACUGGAGAACAUAAAUACUUGUUCGUAGCCAGUGGGGCAAUCGUGGUACUAGCAGGCAUUUGGCUAUUCAUUGGCAAUGCUAUAAACUAUAGACUUCUCGCCAAGGAAAGGAAGAGAGAGAAAGCAAGAAAGAAGAAAUCACCUAACCGUCAUUCCAAAGAACUGGAGUCUUUGAGCAAGUCCAACCAGGACGAUGUUGCUGUCAGAGUCCCACAGGCACACAGAUCUCCAUCAGAUAAAGAAAGAGAAAGUAACAUUUAACUGAGUCUCACUCCGCAUCAGUGUUUAGGAAUUUACUUAUGAGUUUCUUGUGUUUUUCAAAUUGUCGAAAAGGUUUUAGCUCAAACAAAUGAUCACAAAUAAUAAUAAUAAUGAAACUGAUACCUUCCUCAAUGACAUAUUACAAAUUAGUUUUAACACUUGUUUUGUAGUUAAAAUUUGAGAUUAUGCAUAAAGAAAAUCCAUGCAGUGGCUUAUUUGGAGAGGUGACUUGGGAUGUUGUGAUGAAAAAGAAUUUUAAAAUCUUUCGGUGACAUUCACUUUUUAGCUGUAUAAUGAGAUCUGCAUCCCAAACCCCUGACUUACUUAAGCAUCAUUAAUUCCACAUGAUGGCGCUCUUCAAAGUUCACUUUGAUAUUGAGGUAAGCUGAGGACAGUCAUGUCUCUAUUCACACACAAGGAGUCACGUAUCUAUCCACACAAACACUGAGUAUCUGGAGAUCAUAAAGAAAUAAAUGAAUUUGAAAAAAAGUAUUAUAGUCAUUUUUAAGUAAAAGAAAAAAAAAAAAAACUCUUCCAGGGAGACAAUGAGAAUGUCUUUGUGUGCAAUUUGUGUGCAAUUUUAUAGUUUGAAUUAAAAAUAGCAGUAUAUGGUGAAAAUCAAAGUGUUGUCAAUUCAAAAAAGUGAGCGACUAUUACUACAAGAAAAAAAAAUCUAUAUAAAAUAAGUUUGGCUUAAAUAAAAUCCUUUACACCACUACGUCUCUACAGCCAUGCCAGAUUAAUCUGCAUCCACAGUUUCCUUGAGAGGCUGCAAUUAGAACCUGGUGCUAGAGAAUAGAACCCCCACCCCCCACCACCACCAAGGAAUUCUUACCUACUACAUAAACUGAAUUACAACUUAUUGGCACUGAACGAUCAGCUGAAUCUAUUGAUUUUAAAAGUAUCUUAACUCAUAAUGUACAAAUUAAAGAUGACUUCAAACAAACAAACAACAACAGUGACAAAAACUAGGGUUUGAUCCCGAUUCAAUAUUGUGCUGUGCUGAACUCUCCAACCAAAUAAACUAGAAUCCUAGACCAGGUUAUUUUAGACCUGACAAGAGUAGGGGGCACUACAGAGCCAAUCACAGUCUUCUAACUCUUUGCUAUAAUGAGUAAAAGGCAACAAGUAACCCAGGCCUUGAAUUCAGUCUCUGAACAUUCCUCCUGUUAUGGAAAAGAGAGAGGAGGCAGUUUAAAAUGCUGCCCUCUACCGAUUACAUUACCUGCUGCCUGAGAAUAAAGCCGGGAAAUUGAGGUGUGUUGGGUAGGAGACAUUUCUAGAAAUAUAGGCUGUGGGGGCUGGCAGGCAUUUAGUUUAUAACACAAUACUGAUGUCGGAGAGUUGCUGCUCAGGUUAACUUUUUCUCAUUUUCCUAUGUAAAGGUAUCUGACAUUCUUAAGGCAUAUCUGUGAUUUCCUAGUGUGUAAGUAUUAACUGAAACUAAAUAUUCUUAUGUCUCAUUUAAUUUUAUGAUAAAUAGAAAAAAAUUGUGCUUUAUUACUGAAGUGACGUCACUCUUACAGUGUCCUUUUCUAUUUUUUUAUUGCAGUAGAGAUGGGUGCUAUUCUUAUUCCUUAGAAGACUCCACCUAGAUGCCACUCUUUCAUGACAUUAACAUUAAAGAUUUGAUCUGCUCAUAACAUGUGUACAUUUCAAACAUGUGGUUCAUAGAUUCAUAUUUAGGGAGCAAGAUAAGAUUUGGGUUUUCUUCAUCUAACAUUUGCUUUUUUGAAUAUGAAAAUACUUCUAAUUUUAAAUUAUUUUAUUAAAAAAAGGUGUGCCAAUACUGUACAGAAAUGAAUCGGGACAACGUGACACCAUAUGGCUUUUUUAAACUUAAUUCCACCCAGUCUUAAAUCAGCUUUUUAAUAUGAUUUCUUCUUUCGUAUUCACUUUGGUUUGUUAGAAGGAAUCAUUGUAGUCAUUCAUAAAUACUUCUGAAACAAAUGUCUUGCAUUCUUUGAAAAUAUCUUUUAAGCCAUUAUACACAGGAGACAGCAGGAGGAGAGGAACACUAAGCAGGGGAAGGGCAGGCAGUCAAUGCCCGUGUGCUCUGUCCCCUAGUGAUCCUGCAGGGAAAUCCCAGGGCUUUUCUUUCUCCUUAGAAAGAGGUUUAGUUUUGUCACUUACUGAGGACCCAAAUCAAAGAAAUUGCUUUUAUUUUGCUGCUUUUCAGUUGCCUUAAUGGUUAUAGCAUUGGUUUGUAUUUUUAUUUUUUUAAGGAGCUAUAACCUGAUGUGUUAAGCCAUGCUGGAAACAUGACAUUUAUAAGUAUGUGUAUCUAUAACAGAUGAACAGAUGUGUUCAGAGUUAAGCCCUGACUUACUCACAUAGGUAACAAAACCAUAAUAGAAGUGAAUCUACUUAUUUGAUUUUUUCCAGUCCAUGGCAUGUGUUGAAAUAUUUGUUGCCUUAAUGAAAUUUCUCAAGGACUGAGGAAAGACUACUUGCCUAUCUAAUUACAUAAGUAGAGGAGGAAAUGUAGCUGGCACCGUUGUCUGCAACUUCAUGGCAUUCUUGUCACCAAGAAACACCCGAUUUUAAAUGUUGAAGAUAAGAUACUAAAUUGAUACCAUUAAAAUCCCCACUGAGUACAAUUAAUCAUCUCAAAAUUAUGCAAAAGGAAGUAGAGUACCCAUAAUUUGUGAUCACUAGCUAAUUCACAUAUCUUGCCGUUUGCUUGUUGAAUAUCCCAUAGUUUUUGCUAUGUCACCUUAUCUAUUUCUUCCUCAUCCAUAGACAGUUCUGCCCUUCAUUUCUUUCUUGGUGCUUUUGGAAGAGGUAAUGGGCUGGGUAGUAAUAAGUAUCAUACUCACGACCUGACGUUUUCUCAGUAUAAAUUUAUAUGGCUUGGGGCUAGAGAGAUGGCUCAGAGGUUAAGAGCACUGUCUGCUCUUCCAGAGGUCCUGAGUUCAAUUCCCAGCAACCAUAUGGUGCCUCACAGUCAUCUAUACUGGGGUCUGCUUGCUCUUUGGCAUGCAAGUGUACAUGCAGAUGGGGCACUCAUACACAUAAAAUAAAUUUUAAAAUCUUUUUAAGAAUUCAUAUAACUCAUAUAGUUCACCAUUUUGUUCUGUGUUUCAACCACCUUUACUUAAAUGGCUACAUGUUCAACCCAGACACUAGAAAAGAAAUAAAACAAUUCUGUUUCAUAUGUUCAAAAGUAUACUAUAAAGACUUGUCUACUCACCCACUUCUAGCCCUACAACCUGACAAUCAAGAAUAUAGAAAAGUAUAAUGUAAUUUUGUAUAACUGAUAUAAAUACUUGAAAUUACAUUUUAUCCAAAAUAGAGGAGCUAAGAGAUCUGUGACAUACACUUUGCCUUUUAAUAUUUAAACCAAAGCCAUACCCAAAGUCAUAAUGUGAUACUACAGAAUGUGACCCAUGAAUGCACAUAGAUGCGCACAUGCAGCUCAGCAAAUUUCUCUGAUAUUAAAAGUAGUAUAUUGUCAAACCAAAUUUUAAACUUAAGCUUAUCUAAAAGCAGAAAGAGUCCUUAGGGUGUUCACGCAACUUACAAAUAUAGAUGAUAGUACGAAAAGCAAGUAAAAAGAUAGAUACAAAAGUGUAAAUGUUAUAUUGGAAAUUAGACUUAACUUCAAUCUCUACUAUGAUUUAUUAAAUGUCCAUUAAUAUAUGCAUUUACUAUAAGCAAAAUAUAGUUGCCUGCUUAUUAUCAGUUCAGUUUAUCUCAAAUAAUUAGAAUUAUAUAAUAGCUGAAAGUGCUUUCAUAAAACCUUUUCUCAUAUAAAUGAUGACAUGUAUAUAUGACUCAAAAGUAAUGUAUUUCCUCUGAAGUCAGAAUAAAAGAAAAUGUUAUUUAUUAUGCAUAUACUAUUCCUAUACUUACUAUAGAAUAUAAUUAUUUGAAUUCUAUUAACCAUCCAAUUUAUAGGAUUGCCCCUGAAACUAAGAAAUAAAUGUUUAUGAGGUCAAAGUAAUUAAAUUCAUCAGUACAAUACGUUUUUCAUUAUUUAAGAAAAACAUAUCCAAUAUCGUUACUUAUUAACUUCCUCUGAGCAUGAUCUUGUUCCAUGAGAACACAACUGUUACUGCAUUUGUCAUCUCUUGCUAGACAUUUUGAAGAGCUUAUGCAUCACUUUUUGUUUGAGAUCAGUCUCUCUGCAGUUUCCUGAUGGCAUCACAUGCUGUUACUCCUCUGUCGUUUGCAAGAACAGCCUCCCUGAAGCAUAUAUAUUUCAAGACAGAGCCGCACAUCUUCACAAAUAGGAAAGACCCUUCUGAUUCUAGGCUCCAGAGUUCUGAGAUUGUAAAGGCCUAGAAGCUUUCUUUCAAAUACGGAUUUUUCUGUAAGUAGGAUAAAUACAUAAUUGAAUCUGAUUUGACAAAACCUAGCAAAGUAAAUCUAAUUGUCCUUGGCAAUUGCCUUCUGGCCUUCAAGAAUUAGAAUUAACCAUGGUACACCUCUGUGUUAUCAAUACAGUGUGACCACUGAUAAAGAUCCACCACAACUGUUCGCAACUCCAAACAUAUUUGGCAAUAUUGAAGAAAAUACUAUCUAGGUUAUUCUAAAAUACUAUCUAGGUUAUUCUAAAGUUUUGUGCCUAAAUCAUUCACUAUAUGAUCUUGUAUUUAUCAAUUUAAAAAACAUCUUUCUCAACCGUACAAUGUUUUCUUAAAUCCUAAACAACUUAAACCUAAUUAGGAAACUAUAACUAUCUAGUCUUCAACCUCAUCAGAGACUUGAAAAGCGAUAAAAUUUAAGUAGGAAGUGCAGGCAAGCAGCUCCCAAAAUUAAGAGAUGACACAGACAGUUUAUGGCCUGGUCAGUCACCCAUGAGCCGUGUCUUGAGGCCAUCAUCUUUACCAUUCAAACUUUGUCUUUGAGUGCUCAUACUCCGUAGACUUUGCGUCUUCAGACAGUAUUAUUGUAAGAUUAGAAGUCCUCUCUGUGCUUUCUUUACUUUGAUACACUGAUGGACAGAUCUUGGAAACCUUGUGUUAGUAUUAUGAAUGACAUUUCUAAAAGUCUCUUUGAACUAAUUGAAAUUAACUCUCACACUGAAUAAAAUCACUGUUCCCGUCUCAGCUGGAACAUUCCUUACCAAUCCAUUUUCUGCAACAUUCUCUAACUUUUUGAAUUUCCUUUUUCUGUAAUGUUUAGAUAAACAUUAAGUUUUUAAGAUUUUGGUCCUAUCCUUCUGGACAUUUUUCAUAUAGAUUAUUUCCUUGGUUGUGGUGGUUCAAUUACACUGUCAUUGUUUGCAUGGUCUUUUGUUCUCCAGUGACAGUUAAUAAGGUAAGCAACAUUCAGCAGUAAUAUAGAAGACCAGCAUAUUGUGAAUUUAUUAAUAUUACAGUGACUAUUUUACAUGAUAAAACUGGCGUAUGUGUUUAAAUUAGAAUGACAAAAUAAGCUACUGAUGAAAUAAGCUUUAUAUGCAAAACAGGCACUGAAUGGAUAUGUCCACUGGGGUAUUGUAAAGGAAAAAGUAUUUUGUCCAGAAAGAUUUUAAUCUCACUAAAUUUCAAACAUGAAAUUUCAAAUACAUUUGACGAUGAUGUUCAUUGUAUAGUUUUGUUGGCUGUGAUUUCAUUUUUUCUUUUAUAUUCACCUAAUAAUAUUUUUGUUAGACCCACUUCAUACACAAUAUGUUCACUGAGUCACCACAGGUUUCUGUGGCUUUGCUUUUCUACCACCUCUACUGACAGAAGUCUAAGUAACUUUGGAUCUCAUGAUAUAAGACCAGUCAAUUGAAAUACUGGUUUGGAAAAAUUAGAUGUAGUUGUAUUUUGAUUUGUAGUGUAUUUUAUUUUGACAUGUGCAAAUAUCUAAAGUUAUGUUUAAUUAACUCAUCUCACCCUGUACUUGUUUUUUGUUAGUUGUCCACAUUUUGCAGUACUGUAUUAGAGCAGACUGACCUUUGCUUAAGUGUAGCCCAGUGCUGAGUGAGCGCAGGCUUGAAGAUAGAACCCAUCUUUUGACUUCUAUUCACUACCUAAGCCCAGGUGUCAGUAAUGGUGACCAUAGAGUGAGUAAAACAUUUUCCUAGAAAUACACUUAAUAAUUCUUCAUAUUCAAUAUAAAUGUAUUUCUUCAAUCAUACUUUGCAAAGUCAGGUUUAUAAACUUAAUUUGAUUGCCUCAAUAAUUUUGGAUAUGUCACAGACAGGAGUACAGUACUGAAUUUUGCACAAUACAUAUUAUGAUAAGAUCAAGGCUAUUCAAGAAAUGCCAGUAUUAUGUUGAUAGAAAUGUGUCAGUGUUCCUUUAAUUACCCUUUUGUCUAUAUCUAGACCUUAUUUUUAAAGACAUUUGUUUCCUAUAUAAUUGCUACCAUUUAAAUAAAGGACAUCGCUAAUACAAUGCUAUGAGAAUCUGCAAAGAUGUUAAAGGAAAGUGUUAUUAGAAUGAUUCUAUCAGGCAAAACUGGACACUUAACAGGUAGCUGACCACAAUGAAACAAAAGCUAACGCCAGAGAAUAACAUUUACCUCUGCUGUGGCUGCACAGAUAUCAUUUCUAGAUUUUACUUUUUCAUAUCUCUAUAGAAAUCAAAAACAAACACCAGAAAUCAUUCAUAAUGAAAUAAAUCUCUGGAAUAAGAUUGUUGGCUCUUUGGAGGUCAUUUUGACAAAGUAGAAAAAGCACUCUUCUGCGCAGAAAUGUUUGCAGCAGUUAUGGGGACAUCUACUGUGGAGUCCACGGUAGUGUAGGUGUUCACCAGCUGGCAUGGCUCAGGAGAACUUUGUGCAUCGGAGAGACUGUUACACCUCUCCAAGCAUACGCAGCUUGGUUAUGUUCAACCAGACUGAUGCAACAUGACCAGUAUUGUCAUUGUGACAGGGGACAAUGAGGUAUUACCUUUCUUGGUGAUGGUACAAUCGAUAUCAUUUCAUUUAAUCAGAGGGGUCGUACAGUAAUUGCUGGGGGUGAAAUAGCAGGAUCUUCCCAAAUAUUCAAUGCAAUCGGCAUUUGAUUUGAAACUUUUAAAAAUAUGUGUUUAUGAAAUAUUUUCAAAAAUGAAAAAUUCUCUAUUUGUGAAAGAAAUUUUGAAAAAUUGUUAGGACAUACUUUGAAUAAAUAUUUUUCAUCAUAGUUUUAGAUUAAAACUAAGAUUGUUGGGGGAAAAGUUAUAUAACAUAUCUUGUUAUUAAUAAGAUACAUAUAACAUAUAGUAUAACCACAGCUCCUUUUUGAAAGAAUUCCCAAAGAGAAUGGAUUUUAGUUAAUUUGUAAAAUUAUUUUAAUUAUACAUUAUGCUUUAAGCUCUAAUUCUAAGAUUUCAAAGUGAAACAUUUUAUGUUUUGUUCUUUCUGUAUCUUGAUGACCGCUGACCACACCACCACAGGGUUUUAUGAACAUGGAUAUUCCCUGAAAUAAUGACUGAGGUAGCCCUGCUUGACACCUAAGAUGAUGCAGUCAGUUGUUUUCCCAUGGUCUAAGCUAUGCCUAUGCCUGCCUCAGGUUUUGAAAAUAAAGUAUAAAAUAUUCAGUGUGAAUGCCCAUCAAAGUAUAGUAGUAAAAUGAUGAGCUGCUCUUCUUGUUUCUGCAAGUGACUAUAAUUUAAGCACAUUUUGAUAUGUAUUUCUGGAAAUUUUUGUUUAUGUAGCCAUUCAUAAUUUAGGGAAUAAGUCACAUAAAAAUGAUUCCCCUUCACCAAAUGAAAGAUAGCUGGUAUUUUCAUGUAAAUGCAUAUUUUACUUUAGUUAAAUGUUAUGUAGGUUUGUUGAAAUCCAGAGUAAAUUGUUUUGAUAAUGAGCUCCCUUUUAAAGGAACAUUCCCAAGUUACUGAAGCUGUGAGCUCCUGCCACGGUAUCACAUGGACCAACGAGAGUUGCUGUGUUUCAUUGCUUAAAAAAUCUGAAAGCCAAUGUCCAAUUCCUCUGUGAGAAUAUGUUUUGCUUACAUUUUCAAUCUUUUCUUUCCUUCUAGCCUGUGAACUUCUUAUGGACACGGAUGUUUCUAGACUCACUUUCAUGUCCAGCAUAGGGCCAGGCAUAGACUAGUUUCCUCAUGGAAAUGAAUGAAUGGACUUAAAUUGUUUAGAGUUCCAUGAUAUUCUAUGAUAUGGCCUGAGGCAUAGUAGGAUAAUUCUCUGUCUAGUACCAAACAGUAAGGCAGAAAAUACUUUGGAGUCUUUCCCCUACUCAAAAUUGAUAUUCUGACUUGAAGGGUCCAUUGUGAUUUUCUCAGUCAACCAUUCUAUGCAAAUGCUGAGACAUGCAGCACGUAAGCUUCAUGGUACCCGGCGAUUACUUAUAUUUUCUUUAUAAAGUCAGAAAGGCUCUAUUUAGGCUUCCUGGAAGUAUUGACAAUCAUUUUAAUUACUGAAGGUGCUACUUAUUUUCCAACAUUGACCUUGAUAAUGAAUGUUCCUCUCUGCUGAAUUUUAUGUGUUCUUUUUUUAGGGGUGGGGAGUGGUGCAAUAAAAUUAGAUUACCUUUUUUUCUGAAUUAUGCAACUUGAGAAAGUCCCUUUUACUCUAUUGUUACUGUAUCUUAAUUAUUACUGCUCAUUAAUUUAAUUGUAGGUCUGUGCUGUUUAUUAGGAAGUACAUGCACAUAUAUUUCUAUAGUAUGUAAGGCAAACCUGUAUUGUUUAUUAAUCUAAAAUUUAUGUUCAUGUUGAAUCUUUGAAAUGAAAUCUGUAAUUGUUUUUUCUUAAUCAUUAAAUGCUAUGCUGUUCUAUGCUGAUAGAAACCUAAUGUCCAACUCCAGCCCCCAUGUAAGGGCCCAUUUUGUCUGGGUGUAUAUAAAUAAUGACAAUGGAAAGAUUAAUGUCAACACAAAAAUAAUACAACCAACUCCUAAUGGCUAAAAAAGAA